CUCGACUCCCAACAGACCAAAACCAACAGACCACAACACGACAUGCGACCAACGAUGUUCAUAGUCCUGGUUUUCCUCUUCUCACUCUCAUUCUCACAAGCAGACACGUCACUUCCACGCGCCACCGUCUGCAUCGUCGGAAGCGGCAUCGGGGGCUCAUCAGUCGCACACUUCCUCCGCCUCUUCUCCACCUCCCUUGACGAUGCCGUUUUCGACAUCCGAAUGUUCGAGCGAAACGUCGUCGUCGGAGGCCGCAUGGCCACCGUUGACCUCUCCGGCGAGGUCUUCGAGGCCGGAGCCUCCAUUCUUCAUCCCAAGAAUUUAUACGCCUUGAACUACACCAACCUCCUCAACCUCACCAUCAAAGAACCUUCCUCUUCUGCUUCCUCUUCUCCUUCUCUCGGAAUUUGGGAUGGUAAAAAAUUCGUCUUCAAAACCCUCGGAUUCAAAUCGAACCUUCCCUUUGUUCAGAAACUCGUUUCCUAUGCCAAUUCCGUUCUCAUGUUUCUUCGCUACGGAUUCUCGCUUCUCAAAAUGGAGAGAUUUGUUCAGACUGCCGUUGGUAGCUUCUUGAAAUACUAUGAGAGUCAUGAGUUGAGACCAAUUUUCGAGAGUGUGGAGGAGAUGCUUAAAUGGGCUGGUUUGUACAAUCUCACAACUGCCAAUUUAGGACAGGAAUUGACUGAUGCUGGGCUGUCUCCGUUGUUGGCUCAAGAGCUUGUUACCGUUAUCACGAGAAUUAAUUAUGGUCAAAGUUUAGCUAUUAGUGGACUUGCAGGUGCUGUUUCAUUGGCAGGAGCUGAAGGAGGAUUGUGGUCCAUCAAAGGAGGGAACUGGCAGAUGGCUUCUGGACUUAUUAAUCACUCGAAUGUCGCAUUGCACCUCCAUGAGGAAAUAGAAUCAAUCUCUUCUAUGGGAAAAUAUUAUGAACUUAAUUCCACCAAAGGAAACAGUUACAAAUGUGAAGUUGCAGUGGUUGCUACGCCGCUAGAUGAAGUGAAAAUUCGGUUUACUCCUCUAAUAUCAAUUCCUAAGAGAAGACUACAGCAUACGCAUGCAACUUUUGUUAGGGGCCUCCUAAAUCCGGAAUAUUUUGGCCUGGAUGCUGUAUCGGAUAUCCCAGAACUGGUGGGGACAAUUGAGGUUCCUGAUCUUCCGUUCUCAAGCAUUUCAGUUCUUAAGAGACAUGAUGAAAAAGAUAUGACUUACAAGAUAUUCUCCCGUAAACCUAUGGAUGAUGCUUUACUAGAUAGCAUUUUCAGUUUCAGGAAUGAGACAAUUCGAAUAGAUUGGGGUGCAUACCCUCAUUAUAAUGCUCCCGAAGUAUUUGCUCCGUUCAUAUUGGAUGCUCAGCAUUUGUAUUAUGUUAAUGCCUUUGAGAAUGCAGCAAGCACAAUGGAGACUAGUGCUGUUUCAGCUGAGAAUAUUGCGCGGCUCAUCAUGUCAAGAUAUUUUGGUCGACCACCUUUCAGUUCUUCAAAUUUGGGAUCUUAUUCUGGUACAGGAGCUUUGCGUGUAGAUCUAUGAGCUUUCUUUAUUAGCAACCACUAAAACUUAAAAACACAGUAGUUUGAAAUGUAUUUAUGAUAAGCUCACAUACAAAUGAGAUUUUUAUAUUGGGAUUCUGGAAACUCAUUAAACAAUGUAUAUUACACAACUUUUCUUCAUUGUAUGAUAUGAGAAAUUGAGCAUCGUGUACUUGUGUUUUCA